GCUGCAUCCAAUGUCAAAGCAUGUGGUGUCGCAAUUCUCACCCUCGCCAGCCAAAUCACUGGAGGACAAGAGGCUGCCGGCCAGCGAGUUACAGUUGAAACUGGAUAACGCUCUGACGCCGAAAAUGAGUCCACCACAAUUACCAGAUUGUGUCAUUCGGUUACGAGAUGGAGCUAUGUUAGCUACGUCCGCGAAAAUGCUGGGCCACCGUAUAAGGGACGAGAACAUGGUCAGCCACACUCAAAGCCUUCCCAUCUAUGAAGUGGACGAGAACAUGUACACAAUCCGUCUCCUACAGGAUAUGUGGACGGGUAACUUACGUGCAGAUUCCACAACAAUACCCAAUCCGCAAACCCUGGUUGCGCUCACAGGGUUGUGCGAGGCAAGCGGAAACCUAUCAGCCUUUAAGCCCGUAAUCUCUACUUGGAUACAACGGCUUGUCGCAGACUUUCCCCAGCACUGCAACGCUGACACUCUUAAUGUCGCUUUCAGGACAUGCGAGAAGAGUACGAUCGUUAGGGUGUACGAGAGCAUUAUGUUUGCUGGUCUCACGGAUGUGGAAGUCUACCGCGCUGACGGGCUCACUAAGUGGUUUCCGGUUCAUUGUAUGCAGACGACACCGAGAAUACGCCUUAAUUGUACGCGAAACACCGUCCGUAACCGUCUUCGAAGUCUUCUUCACCUACCACUCGUCCAACAUCCCGCAAUGGUGCAGGUCCGUAGCAACGGACUAGACGCGCACCACUGCGUUAUCAAGGACAUGCAUCUUGCGGCCUACCUUCGCGCGCUACGCUUUGUCGGGCUUCUCCCGUUGACUGAACCAGACAGCCAAUGGGACAUCGGAGGGUUAAACGAGCGCUUCCGUAGCACGAAGCCCCAUCUAGGACGCGCUAGCGUGUGUCAAGAAUGCCAGUAUCAGGGAUGGAAUUGGAGCACUAAGCUCGAUGCGAUCGAAAAGUCAAUGGACACCAUCUUGCAUGACCUUGGGUUCGAGCUCGCGGCAGCUGUGAAUGUGUGGCUUAAGGGGCAGCACGGUGGACAAGGCGAAAUCAACUGAAGAAUGAUUUGCAUCAUACACAAGA